AUGUAUACAAUACUCUUUAUCAUUUUUACUAUUUUUAUACAAGUUAACAAAGUCUUAUGUGCAUCAGAAUUCGGAAGUGUUUUUCCAAUUCCAUUGACUAUAUUAAAUGAUGAUCCAAAUUUUCGACAAUGUCCAGAUAAAAGUGGAACAUAUGCACAUACAACUAAUUGUUCACUUUUUCAUGUGUGUAUGUUUGGUAUUCAUACAAUUUAUUCAUGUAUUGAUGGUUUCUUUUUUAAUCCAACUAAUGGUAAAUGUCAAUAUUGGCCAAUUGAAAAAGAAAUUAAAUGUGCUGAAAUUCUUAAAACAAUGCAACAUACUGAUCCUUUACCAAUUGUAGAACCAAUCAAAAAUCAUGAUUAUUAUUAUCAUCGUCGAAAAUCUGCAACAUCAAAAUGUAUUCAAACUGGAAUAUAUCCCGAUAUACUUGAUUGUUCAUUGUUUCAUUAUUGUCAUCAAAAUCAAAAACAUGAAAUAUUUAAAUGUCCAAAUGGAUUACAUUUUGAUCCAAAAAUAUUUAUGUGUUCAGCACGUCAACUAGUCGAUUGUCAAUAUGAACCACCAAUAGAAUCAACAAUAAUUGAUGAUACUUCAAUUAUUGAAUUAGAUCUAAUUUGUCGUGAUUAUGCUCCUGGUACUCAUUUACCCGUAGCAAAUAAAUUUAAUGAAUUUAUAAUAUGUGGAAAUAAUGGUAAAAGAAGUAUUCGAAUGAAAUGUAAACCAGGUUUUAAUUACAAUGCAUUAACAGCAAAUUGUGAAAUGAUAUCAUGUGCAAUGGAUUUAACAUUAUGUCAAAAUAAUGGUCAAUGUAUAGAUGAGCCUGAAAAUGCAAAAGGUUUUAAAUGUAUAUGUUCAAUUGAGUAUCAAGGAGAAUAUUGUGAGAACCAUGUUGAAUUAGAACAAACAACAAAACGUGGAAUUAAUAUUUCGACGGAAGAGUUUUUACAAUUUUCGAAUGAUUUCAAUAAUAAUAAUAAAUCUCCAACAGCAAUACCUUAUGUUGAUCAAAAUAUUGGAGAUAAAAUUAAUGUUAUUGAAAAACAAUUAACUGCUAAUUCACAAUUAUCACGAAUAUUUCAUUAUAUGAAUAAUAAUUAUGAUCAAAAACAAGAAAUCAAUGACAUUAUCAAAAUAAUAUUUAUUUCUAUUUUAACUUUAAUCAGUCUUAUUCUUUUUAGUUCAAUUAUUUUUGGUACUUUCAUUUGUAUUCGUUGGAUUUUAUUUCCAUCAAUAGAACCUGUUGGGGUUUGGAAAACAUUACUAGAAGAAUCAAAUGUUUAA